UUGACAUUAACUCCGUAACCGCGUCGAAGGGACACGUUCUUAAUUCUAGGACGGGGAUUACAGAGAAGACGCAAUGUGAUGGUAUGAAACGUGGGACGGCGUGUAAGUCGUCGAAGAUCAUGUCAUGGGAUGGCGUCCGGCGUUGGGAGAGAACAGCGGUGUGUUCUUGGCAGAGGCGCAAUACCCUUGCUCAUCAUCUACCGCGGUGGUCAGCCCAACGCUACAUGGCGUGGACGGCCUCAAGGAUGACAAUGAAUAUGUGCCUGCGUGCGUCGACUUCGCGUUGGUUGUAAGCUCGAGUUCGACAUCUGUGGCGGCGAGCAAAUGGAUCGAGACAUGUUGUCCGCCGUCUGCCUUGGCAUCGCUGGCAUCGCUGUGGUCGACGAAAGGCGAGAUCGCCUUCAAACGCGUCAAUUGUCGUCGAGAAGAAGACGAACAUGACGACGCUGGGCAGCCCUUCCUCGGUGUCUGCUCAUGGGGGUUGGAAGAAAGCUGCAAUAGGUCGAGUCAGCAGAAAAUUGGAGACAUAUCAAACUAUUCACUGAUUAUGGUAAUGACGGUCAAGCUGGAAAUGAAGUCUGGACCUGAUGCAUAUUGGUCAGAAUGAGGCAGAGCGUCGAGGAAGCGACUUACGAUGGUCUAAUACGUGGUAGAGCAAGGAGAGGUGCAGGAUAAGAAAGGGGAGGAGAGAAAGAGGCAGAUUGCUGAUUGAGAGGGGUUGCACCCCUGCCUCUUAUACGCCGCGAAACGGCUAUACUACGCAAGCGGCCCCCGUCAAGCCCGUCUGACAAUGUUCCAC